AUGCCCAGGGAGCUUGGUCGUGACAAGCUAUCUCAGAUGCAGAAAGAGGAGGUGCAGCCAAGACCAGAGAUGUCUUGGAACACUGCAUCUGAGGACUCAUUUGGCGGCUGCAAGGCGAUCGCCAUUGUCACUUCAUCUACGUGCGAGGAAGCCGAGGCUUGCGAUUGGGUUGCCCGCGCGGACUAG